UUGAUCUAUGUAUAACCCAUAAUAAGGCCCUAAUUACGAGGAAUGCUGGAACAGAUAUUUACCACACUUGAUUCUAAUCUGCGUAAUCGAAGACAAUGCAUUCUUAUACGCUGUAAUAAUAGUGUUGGAUUGUUAUUAUGAUUAUAUAAUUUUUUUUAACAAUUAUUUUGAUUAUGUUAAUAUUCCAUCAUCAGAUAUCAUUUAUUGAACUUGUACAGUUCAUUGAAGCUCAUGGAAUAAAGAUGCAGGCGAAAUUCCAGGGUUCUAGAAGAACAGAAGUGAAGAAUCUGUCUCAGUUUUUUUCAGCCGUGGGAAAUACUCUAAUGUCCAAUCUGGCAUACCUGUUUCUAAAGGAAAAUGAUGAAGACCGAACUGUUGGUAUUAAUACUGGACAUAUUCAAACACUUGACUAUAAUUUAGAAACAGCUGAUAAAGAAUUUGUCAUUCAGCGUGGAUAUAAUGCGACCAAAGCCUUUCUACAAUACUACGUCGUACAAAAUACACAAACUAAGAAGAAGCCGAGACAAUAAACCAGCCAAGAAAAG